AUGCAAGGGGAGGACGCCAGACACCUUAAAAGGAAAGUUAAAGGAGGGAAUAUCGAUGUACAUCCAUCAGAAAAAGCACUCAUUGUUCAAUAUGAAGUGGAAGCUACCAUUCUUGGAGAAAUGGGAGAUCCCAUGUUGGGAGAACUGAAAAGAAUGUCAAAAAUCAUUCGACUUAAGAGUCUCAAUGCCAACACAGAUAUAAUUUCCCUGGCAAGGAAGGUGGUUGAAGAAUGUAAACUCAUUCAUCCCUCAAGACUAAAUGAGGUAGAACAACUAUUGUACUAUCUACAGAACUGCCGUGACUCAUUGUCAGGAAAAGAGAAAAAAGAAAAAUCAAGCAAGCCUAAAGAUCCACCUCCUUUUGAAGGAAUGGAGAUUGAUGAAGUUGCCAACAUUAAUGAUAUGGAUGAAUAUAUUGAGUUACUAUAUGAAGAUAUUCCUGAUAAGGUUCGGGGUUCUGCUUUGAUCCUGCAGCUUGCUCGAAAUCCUGAUAACUUGGAAGAACUACUAUUGAAUGAAGCUGCCCUUGGUGCAUUAGCAAGGGUCCUGAGAGAAGACUGGAAACAAAGUGUUGAGUUAGCUACGAACAUAAUUUACAUCUUUUUUUGCUUUUCCAGCUUUUCUCAGUUUCAUGGACUUAUUACUCACUAUAAAAUUGGAGCCCUGUGUAUGAAUAUUAUUGAUCAUGAGUUAAAAAGACACGAGCUUUGGCAAGAAGAACUUUCAAAGAAGAAGAAAGCUGUUGAUGAAGACCCUGAAAACCAAACCUUGAGAAAGGAUUAUGAAAAAACUUUUAAAAAGUACCAGGGGCUUGUGGUAAAACAGGAACAGCUAUUACGAGUUGCUCUUUAUUUGCUUCUGAAUCUUGCUGAGGAUACUCGUACUGAACUGAAAAUGAGGAACAAGAACAUAGUUCAUAUGUUGGUGAAGGCUCUUGAUCGGGACAAUUUUGAGCUGCUCAUUCUAGUUGUGUCAUUCUUGAAGAAACUCAGCAUUUUCAUGGAGAAUAAAAAUGAUAUGGUGGAAAUGGAUAUUGUUGAAAAACUGGUGAAAAUGAUACCUUGUGAGCAUGAAGAUCUGCUGAAUAUCACCCUCCGACUUUUACUAAAUCUAUCCUUUGACACAGGACUGAGGAAUAAGAUGGUACAAGUUGGACUGCUUCCCAAGCUCACUGCACUCUUAGGCAAUGACAACUACAAACAAAUAGCAAUGUGUGUUCUUUACCACAUAAGCAUGGAUGACCGCUUUAAAUCAAUGUUUGCGUAUACUGACUGUAUACCACAGUUAAUGAAGAUGCUAUUUGAAUGUUCAGAUGAACGAAUUGACUUGGAACUCAUUUCUUUCUGCAUUAAUCUUGCUGCUAACAAAAGGAAUGUACAGCUUAUCUGUGAAGGAAAUGGGCUGAAGAUGCUCAUGAAGAGGGCACUGAAAUUUAAGGAUCCAUUGCUGAUGAAAAUGAUAAGAAACAUUUCUCAGCAUGAUGGACCAACUAAAAAUUUGUUUAUUGAUUAUGUUGGGGACCUUGCAGCCCAGAUCUCUAAUGAUGAAGAAGAGGAGUUUGUGAUUGAAUGUUUGGGAACUCUUGCAAACUUGACCAUUCCAGACUUAGACUGGGAAUUGGUUCUUAAAGAAUAUAAGUUAGUUCCAUACCUCAAGGAUAAACUAAAACCAGGUGCUGCAGAAGAUGACCUUGUUUUAGAAGUGGUUAUAAUGAUUGGAACUGUAUCCAUGGAUGACUCUUGUGCUGCAUUGCUAGCCAAAUCUGGGAUAAUCCCUGCACUCAUUGAAUUGCUAAAUGCUCAACAAGAAGAUGAUGAAUUUGUAUGUCAGAUAAUUUAUGUCUUCUACCAAAUGGUUUUCCACCAAGGCACAAGAGACGUCAUAAUCAAGGAA